UAAGAAACUAAUCAUCACUUUGAAAGUAUUAUAUAUAAGAAAGCUAAGUCUUGGAGUAUAGAAACCAAGCACCUCCUUUAUUUAUGUUUCUGCCUUUCCAGGUUUUAUGUAAGCUAUUUACUUUUCACCAUCCCUGAAAUCCAAAGCUCUAGAACCCAGUUUCAACUUAGUGAUUCUGAGCUUCUGGUCAAGAAGCUCAACUUUCUUUCCCUUAAACAAUCUUUGUUUUCAGCAUAAUUGGCUUGAAAUUUGCUCAGUACAAUCUUGGUGCUUAAGUGAAUUUGUAUUCUAUUUCCUGCAUUUUCUGCUGUCUUAGAAUUUCGUUCAAUCUAUGCUAGAUCUUCCGCCCAAAAAACAUCUACCUUUCUAGCUAUUUUAGUAUCUUGAUCUUAAACUUUUGGGGUUUUGGUAACAAAAUCUUAUUGUCUCAUUUUUGUUCUUUGAUUCAAGAUUCUUCAUAUAAAAGCCUAAAAUUUCUUGCUUGUAUAUCUUGGUUCUGGUCUUGAUUAUGGUGUUAAGAAGCUCAAUUCUUUAUAUUAAUCGUUGUAAAAAACCGUAACCAAGUUGAACUUUCAAUCAAUGAGGAACACUAAUAAAUUCGGUCUUAUGUCCAUACCUAUAUUCGUUAUUCUUUACUUGGCCUUUACCAUCCAUGUAAAUAUGGCAGCCAAUUAUGUGCCGAUUGAGAAAAUCCUACUAAAUUGUGGGGGUCCUUUGGAUGCUACUGAUUACGAUGGUAGGAAGUGGACCACAGAUGUUGGGUCCAAGUAUCUGUCGGCUAGUGGCAAAUCCACCAUAUCCCAAGCUGCUACUCAAGAACCUUCAGUCCCCCCAGUCCCUUACAUGAUUGCUCGAGUUUUCUACUCAAAUUUCACCUAUCGUAUUCCUGUUGUUGUUGGUAGAAAAUUUGUUCGUCUUCACUUUUAUCCAGCUUCAUAUGUGAGCCUAGAUGCGUCCAAUGCUGUUUUCUCUGCCACUGUUGGGUCUUAUACUCUUCUUAACAACUUCAGUGUUGUACAAACUACGGAAGCAUUAAAUUUGACAUUUCUUGUCAAGGAGUAUUCAAUCAAUGUUGAGGGUGCAACAUUGGAUAUAAGUUUCGUCCCAUCUGCCAAAGCUCCAAAGGCGUACGCAUUUGUGAAUGGGAUUGAGAUUGUGUCAAUGCCUGAUAUUUAUAGUUCCACAGAUGGAACUCUGAUGAUAGUGGGUCAGAAUACUCCUUUCUACAUUGAUAACUCCACUGCACUUGAGAAUGUUUAUCGGUUGAAUGUGGGUGGAAAUCAUAUUUCACCCUCCCAUGAUACGGGUCUUUACAGGUCCUGGGUUGAUGACUUUCCAUACCUCUAUGGGGCUAGCUUUGGGGUUUCAUAUUCUGUUGAUAACAUGACAAUCCAUUAUCCUACAGGCAUGCCUACUUUUGUUGCACCAGUUGAUGUCUACGGCACUGCUAGAUCAAUGGGGCCGAAUCCUGAAAUCAAUCUCAAUUACAAUUUGACUUGGAUUUUCUCAGUUGAUUCCGGAUUCUCUUACCUUGUUAGGCUUCAUUUCUGUGAGAUUCAGGCAAAUGUAACUAAGAUUAAUCAAAGAGUGUUUGAUAUCUUCCUUUAUAAUCAAACUGCUAAGCAAGAGAUGGAUGUUAUUGCUUUGGCACGUCAUGAAAUUGGAGCAGAUAAGCAAACUAGGGUUCCAGUGUACAUGGAUUAUGUGGUUUUAGUUCCAUAUAGAAGCUCACAACAGGAUUUGUGGCUCGAACUGCAUCCAGACCUAAAUACCCAUCCAAGCUAUUACGAUGCAAUCCUGAAUGGAGUAGAGAUAUUCAAAAUUAAUGGUUCUAAUGGAAAUCUUGCAGGGCCCAAUCCUAUUCCUACUCCUAAGCAGGAUGUAAUUAACCCAAAAAGUUAUAUACCAUCAUCAGGUGAUUAUAAAACAAAGAUUCGCAAAGCAAUUAUCAUUGGAGGUACUUGUGGUGGAAUCAUCUUAGCCAUUGUUAUUGGUUUCUUUCUUAUUUCUGCUUCUCGUUGCCAACAUGGAAAAAACUCCAGUGUAAGGGAAGUUCCUUCUAAGUGCCACCAAGAUCUUGAACAAGGAUUUACCAAGAACCUUUGUCGCCGCUUCUCAUUUGCUGAGAUCACGGUUGCCACCAAGAACUUUGAUGAGGCUUUACUCCUUGGGGUUGGAGGUUUUGGUAAAGUUUACAGGGGAGAAAUUGAUGGUGGAGCAACCCAAGUAGCAAUCAAGCGUGGAAACCUACUCUCUGAUCAAGGAGUGCAUGAGUUUCAAACUGAGAUUGAAAUACUUUCAAAAGUUCGUCAUAACCACCUUGUUUCAUUGAUAGGCUAUUGUGAAGAUAGUUGCGAAAUGAUUCUUGUUUAUGACUACAUGGCUCAUGGAACAUUGCGUGAACAUCUAUACAAGACCCAAAAAUCACCAUUGCCCUGGAAGCAAAGGCUUGAGAUAUGCAUUGGAGCUGCUUGCGGUUUAUACUAUCUCCACACUGGUGCUAAGCAAACUAUUAUCCACCGAGAUGUUAAGACAACAAACAUUCUCUUGGAUGAGGAGUGGGUUGCCAAGGUUUCUGAUUUUGGGUUGUCAAAAUUAGGUCCUACCAUAGAUAAAACACAUGUAACCACUGUUGUUAAGGGUAGUUAUGGGUAUUUGGAUCCAGAAUACUUAUUGUUGCAACAACUGACUGAAAAGUCUGAUGUUUACUCAUUUGGGGUUGUUCUUUUUGAGAUCUUAUGUGCUCGGCCAGUAUUGAACAGAACACUUCCAGAGGAGCAAGUGAGCUUGGUAGAGUGGGUUGCACAUUGCCAUGAGAAACGUAUUCUUGAUCAAAUAAUUGAUCCUUAUCUGAAGGGGAAGAUUGCACCUGAAUGCUUUAAGCAGUUUACUGAGAUUGCAAUGAAGUGUGUGGCUGAUCAAAGCAUUAAUAGGCCAUCUAUGGAUGAAGUGACGUGGAACCUUGAGUUUUCUUUGCAACUACAAAGGAGUGCAGAGGAAAGCAACGAGGGCAUUGGCGGAAUACACAUCGAGGAGGAGCCAUUUGUACCCCAUAAAUGGAAGAAAAAUCUUGAUGCAUCUCCAAGUUUUGAUGGUUGUGGAGGUCUAUUUUCUCAAGAAGUCAUGUCUCAAUAGCUUAAUGGUGGUCGUCUUUGGACCGGGUUUUUUUAAGCAAGGGGGGCAAAUAGUGGUUGUUAGUGGAUAAGCAAUAGCUAUUAAGGGUAGAGACUUGAGAUUGAGUUUUUUUUUUU